AUGACUGCCUGCACCAAUGGUUAUCUUGAAGGUUCCCAUAUCCGCGAAACCUUCGCCAUCAUCGAAGUGAAAGCGGCGCGACGAAGCUGGAGCGCACGUCCUGAGGUCCUAUGGCAGGAAGCAGCACAGAUGGUGACAUGGAUCGUGACUGAUGCGAACUUCCGGAAGUGUCUUUUUGACCGGCGCCUGCUGAUCUCACAGGACGAAGACGAUAUUUAUUUGACACUUGCCCAGUACCCGUCAGAAUACCCCGCAUACCUACAAGGAGAGCUCAGUCCUUCAAGGAGAACUGCACUGCCUUUUCUCACCAUGCAAGAGUAUGGACUGUGGGUCAUUGAAAGCAAAAAGCAAUAUGCAUCAUUUUGCUAUGGUGAUUAUGAGCUUCUGCCUUCAAUUCACGGAUGA